AUGAUCCGACCGAUUCUACCGAUACUGGCGUACAUGAGCGUGCUCUCGAGUACGUACUCGCUGCACAUGGCACGCGAUGCUUACAUCAAGCCACCGCCGCCACCGCCACCCGCCCAGCUGCUCGACGACCUGGACGACAUGUCGGAGCUGCUGGCCGAAAACGGUGUCGACCUGAUGCGGCCCAUGAUGGCCACGGUUCACCAGAAGACACACAGCACCACCAACGGUGGAGGUGGUGUUGGCGGUGGCAGUGGAAGCAUCAUCAGCAGUAACAAUGGUGCGGUCGCGUUAGGCACCAUCAACCACGUGACGAGCAAUGAGCUGCCCGAGCUGAGCCCACCGCCGGCCCAUCUGCCGACGGGGUUACGCCACGGCCCGAUCGGGCCACUUGUUGGGCAGCCACCGCGUGGUCUGCAGGAACUGUUCGGUGUGCAGGCCAACUUUGACAUACGAGCUGCGCAGCAACAACUGUCCCACGGUCCGAACGGUGCGACAUCCUCCUUCGACGUCAAUCAGUCCUCCUCCUCCUCAUCCUCCUCCUCGAGCGGCAUGGACGAUCGGGAUGAUGAUAAUGGUGAAGGUGGUGGUGGGAGAGGCGAUAGGGAUGACGACAUCAACGGAGCAGUCGCUGGUGGUAGUGGUGGACAGGGCAAUGCUAAUCUACAGCGGUCGGCGUCGAGCAGCAAGCGGGCGUCACCGACCGGCGGUCGCAAUAAGAUGAUGGCCGACUCUGGGCAAGAUGGUGGCAGCAGCAGUAGCGGUCUGCCAUCAAUCCCGCACGGCAUCGCGAACCAAAUGAUGCUGCGCAGUACACGCGGCCAGCGGCAAUACGAUGUACCGCAAAUUG